UUGAAAAUGUAAGUUUUUAUAUCUAUAGAUAUAAUAUAAUGUUUCUACAAAUAGCAUUUUCCAAAUCUUAUAUUGCAGCACAUCAGUGACUGAACCCACCGUCACCACACCACAGCAACAAACGUAGACACUGACGGACCAAUCCCUGGUACGAUUACAAAUCCAUUUGGGGACAAUUUGAUUUCGCUCGCAGGUAGUAUUGUCGUGAAUUGUUGGCUCAGCGAGCUCCUUUGCAAUCAUGAGUUUUGUCUUCCGAGGGAGUAGGGGAGAUAUUGAAAGUGGAUUUUCAGAAUACGUUCCUGAAAGAACCUUGAUGCGGGUUCAUCCAGCUCGCCCAGUUAAUGGCAAUUCUUUAGCUUUUCUUAUCACAGUUAUUUUGAUAUUCAUGAUAUUAAACUCCCCUCAGAUGUUACAUCAUUUUUUGCUCUGGGUUGUACUGGCUAUCUUUGUCAUGGCUACAAGUCUGAGGAUGUAUGCAACUUGUCAACAACUUCAGGCACAGGCUAGGGCUCAUGCUGCAGCAGCCUCUGGGUUGCUUGGCCAUACUGAACUGCGUCUUCACAUGCCACCAUCGAUUGCAAUUGCAACCAGAGGAAGAUUGCAGGGACUUAGACUUCAGCUUGCACUUCUUGACCGUGAAUUUGAUGAGCUAGAUUAUGAUACUUUGAGAGCUCUUGACACUGAUACUGCUCCUAGUACUCGUUCAAUGACUGAGGAAGAGAUAAAUGCCUUGCCUAUUCACACUUAUAAAAUUCCAGUCCCACCAAAGGAUGGCUCAGCCAGUCUGGCAUCCUCGUCAGGUGCAGCUGAGAUUAAACAAGAAUCUGGAGGAACAGAGGCAGGUAUCAGAGGUUCAGAAGAUGAGCUGACAUGUACUAUAUGCUUGGACCAAGUUAAGAGGGGGGAGCUUGUUCGUAGCUUACCAUGCUUGCAUCAGUGACAGUCACAACCAGCAGCUAUUCAUGCAGACCUCCAUAUCCACCAAUCCUGCCAUGUGAAUUCAUGAGUACAGUUUAUUGAUCCUGUGAAUCAAUCAAAAAGGUAAAGCAUAUUUAAUGCUAGUAUUAUGAUGACAAGUAGGAUUUCUUUUCAAGAGAUGGAUAUUUUUCAUAUCAGUUUUAUUUAAGUGACGGAUAUGCAUUACAGUGUAUUCAUUCCUGAAAAAGCUACAAAAGGCGAAAAUAAAUCGGAUGCCCACAUUGGAGAGGAUACACAGUUAAUAGAUUUGCUAUGUCAGUCAAAUUUUAAAACCAAGGAAUUGUUAUAUCGCUGCUAACUGAUUGUUGUACCUAGACCAAAUCCUUUUAUUACAGGCUAUUCUGCAGUUAUUAAACUGAUAUAAAUUAUUGUGUAUGUAUACAUUCUAUAGUUCUAGAUUUGUCAGCCACCGCCUACAGAAAUAUGGAACAUUAUAGUAUUUAAUUUAGUUACGUAUGAUUCCAAAAUGCAAUGCUUAUAACAUUUUUUAAAAAUACUCAACUUUGGCCAGAUUCAAUGAUGAAGAAGUAUUGUACUUUUUCAUUAAAUCCAAAGGCAAAAAGCAUCACGUUUUUUCUUGAUCAGAAAAAAACAAGUACAAAAUGAAAUCUCGAAGAUGCUGUUUGGGAUGAACGAAAUUUGUAACUCAGCGAUAAAAUAUAAAGUUCUUGUCACGAGUUAUUGUUUUCUAUAGUUCAAUAGUUAUAAAUUAAAAAUGAUCUAUCGCGAUUAUAUCAACUUUCCUUAUUUUAGUUUGAUACAUUAUAAAGUUCCAGUUAUCUAGAAUUAGAUUGAAGUAACUUAUAUUAUUAUGAUUUGUUUCGGAUGUGGAGUAAUCUUCUAACUUCGCCGUAAGUAUCUAUUACAAUUACGAAAACCUUCUUAAUGAAAUCGCAUAACGGUCUAAUCCAGAAAACUAACUGGUGAGAAACUUUCAUGGUUCAGUUUCUUUGCAUGUAGUUCUACCUUGGAAUAAUGUUAAAAGGUAAAUCUAAAUUGAGAUAUUUGGUCCAUAAGAGAGAUG